UUCCAUAAAUAGCAUCUGGAUGACCAGGGAGAGCCCUCACUUUCCUGCCAGCACCACCACCCCAAGCUGUGUCAUACAUCCAUAAUGGCAUUCAAUGGAACCUGGCAGGUCUAUGCUCAAGAAAACUACGAAGAGUUUCUGAAAGCUCUUGCAUUGCCAGAUGACCUUAUCAAACUUGCCAGAGAUAUUAAACCUGUUGUUGAAAUACAACAAAAAGGAGAGGAUUUUGUUGUGACAUCAAAGACACCCAAGCAAUCUGUAACUAACUCGUUUACACUUGGAAAAGAGGCUGAUAUUACUACCAUGGAUGGCAGAAAGCUAAAGUGCACUGUGAACAUGGUAAAUGGGAAGCUCGUGUGCAAGUCAGACAAAUUCCAUCAUGAGCAAGAAAUUAAAGGAGGUGAAAUGGUGGAGACUAUGACUUAUGGUGGAGUAACGCUUGUCAGAAGAAGCAAGAGGGUUUAAAGCCAGAUCACCUUCUUUGUGACAUCUUUACAUACCUAAAGUGCCGUUUCCAAAAGGUGUGAUCUUCAUUAUGUGACAAAAUAGAACGGAAAAUAACUGUGACUUCUACUCUCCUUUCACACACACACCAAUUCCCAUAAUUCCCAUAAUUGUAAGACUGUAUUUUCCCCCUGAGUACACUUCUGCACUCCAAGUGACAGAAGUCUGCCUCCCAGACAACCAAACCUGGAUGUUAACUGAAACACUGUGAUUUAUCAGAAUGAUCCUUGGGAGUGGACAAAAGCUGACAGAAAUGCCUCGAUUUUUUACAUGCUCAAUUAACACAUUUAGCUUUAGUUCCUUUGUCUAAUAAAGUUUCAUCUUCUACUAAAA